AACGAACAGUUUCUCUUCGAACCUCACCCACACUUCGUUCUCUUCCCUUGCUCAACGAAGCAAACGUCUUCUGGGAAGAAGCCACUACCAACUAAUGCUACUCAGGGCAUCAUUGUCACCGCCUGGCGGAGCCGUUGUUUGCUCCGGCGAACAAUUCGGCUUCUGCCAUCGUCAUCGUUUUAUCUCUCUGACUGAUCCGGCUCGCGGUCAUCUCAACAAAAGUAGGUCACGACCCACUAGCACCAGCAUCUUCAUUCAGCUUGAAUCCAAUGGCAGAAUUUUCGAGAGGGGCCAUAGCUCAAAGUUUGUGUUCACACCCAGGGCUGCUGAUUCUACCCAAUCUGCCUCCGUUGAUGUUGGUAACAAGACCAUUGUUCCGGAUGAGGGAUUCUCACUUUCUAAGAUUUCAUUUGGCGUUGUUGGUCUAGGUGUUGGGGUCUCACUUUUGGGGUAUGGUUUUGGGGCAUAUUUUAAUAUCCUUCCCGGAUCAGAAUGGUCUGCUAUAAUGUUAACGUAUGGGUUCCCUCUUGCGAUUAUUGGAAUGGCACUCAAGUAUGCUGAACUGAGACCAGUUCCAUGCCUGACCUAUUCAGAUGCUCAGAAUUUAAGGGAAACAUGCGCCACCCCAAUUCUUAAACAGGUCAAGAAUGAUGUCACUCGAUUUCGGUAUGGGGAUGAGCAGCAUUUGGAUGAGGCUUUGAAACGGAUAUUCCAAUAUGGGCUAGGAGGAGGAAUACCAAGGAGGAGUGCACCUGUUCUAAAAAUGAUUCGUGAAGAAGUCACACCACUUGGUAAAUACUGUUUGGUCCUGGUUUUUGAGGCUAAGGCUCUGCAGUUAUCAGAUUUUGAACGGAGACAGGCAAAAUUUGCGUCAUUCUUUGGCCCCGGAAUUACAGCGGAAGUCGCGAAGGAGAACGAUCUAUACGAGGUUCGGCUUAUAUCUGAUGCAGAUGCCAAUGUAUCUCCUUCUUCAAGUGCAUGACAACUUAGUCUCCACUGUCAUCAUGCUGUUUUAUUGAAUCACAUGAGUUGGGUCCCUUGAAUUUCAUGGAAUAGUAGAUUGUAAAGGCAACAAAUUGUAAAUUUUGAAAUUCACUGAAAGGAAAAGGAGAAGCAGUUGGAAAGAAAAGGCCAAUACUUGUGGGGAGCACAUUAUUUUACUCUUGAUGUACAGGAAGAAAUUAGUUUCAUAUCUGCUGAAAUUUUCUAGCCGCUGGUUAUUUGUGUUUGAUAGAGACUUGGGGUUGCUCUAUUGGUUUUGAGAUGCUUCUACCAAGAAGCUCAUAUGAAUUGCAGGGCA